AUGGGCAAGGACGCUGGUUUUGCUCCUGGUGACUCUGCCAAGGGUGCCAAGCUCUUCCAGACUCGCUGCGCUCAGUGCCACACUGUCGAGAAGGACGGUGCCAACAAGGUCGGCCCCAAGCUCCACGGUCUCUUUGGCCGUCAGACCGGUUCCGUUGAUGGCUAUGCCUACACCGAUGCCAACAAGCAGGCCGGUGUCACUUGGGAUGAGAACACUCUGUACUCCUACCUCGAGAACCCCAAGAAGUACAUCCCCGGUACCAAGAUGGCCUUCGGUGGUCUCAAGAAGGCUAAGGAGAGGAACGACCUCAUCACUUACCUCAAGGAGAGCACUGCUUAA